CUUCUUCCACCGCCAAGGUAUCCAUCCAUCCGUUCGUUCUGUCCAUCUGGCUGCCCAGCCCACCAACACCGAUUUCCUUACAUCGUCAUUGCAAGAGCCUCGUCAACUUUUCCUCCCUGAGACACACCUCCAACUCACACGUUGCGCUCCUCCCCUCCCACGUAUCAUGUGUCUUCGGAAGUUGUAGCCUUCGCCUUCCUCUCACUAUCCACCUCUCUAUUUUCCUCCCCCUUCGUCCACAAUCUCUCAUCCCCCUCCCAAGUCCUACAACUUGUUGCAUCGCUUCGCCUCGCUCUUGUGACGAUCGUUUGCCUCGACCCCGCGCUCGGAGCGCUCCCUGAGUCCCCUCUCCCCAACAUAUUUUGUUCUGAGGCGCCUUCUCCCCCGAAAGAAGCUUAACGCCUGCCGUCCCCGACUAUCAUCUUUUCCCCCUCCAAGCUUCCGCGCGCCUGUCUCUUUUUACGCCAGCUGCCGCCGCACCGACCAGGCGCAUAAUUAUCAGCCAUGUCGGCUUUCCUAGGCUACAUCUUCUCCUUCUUCAAGGGCUACGCCGCUCUUGUCGUCGCCCUCUACAUGCUGUCCUUCGUCGUUCCAAAGGCAGCCUUCGCUGCCCGCGUCCUCGCGUCCUACAUCUCGCUGGCAUUGGCGGCUGGAUGGGGCGUCUUCGCUUCCAUCUUCUUGCGCCUCAUUGGCGAGCAGGGCAUCGCGCAAUGGAUGACCGGCCGGGCUUUCAGCUAUCUUAUGGCCCUCACGACAGGUAUCACUUUUGAGAUCAUUGAUCCCAACGACGUCCUCAACACCACCCGUCCCGCCGUCUUCGUCGGCAACCACCAGACCGAGCUUGAUGUUCUCAUGCUGGGUGCCAUGUUCCCCAAGUAUUGCAGCGUCACCGCAAAGGCCUCGCUCAAGAAGACGCCCAUCCUCGGCUGGUUCAUGACCCUGAGCGGCUCCAUCUUCAUCGACCGUAAGAACGCCAAGGAUGCCAGGGAUGUCAUGUCUGGUGCUGCCGACCAGAUUCGCAAGAGGAACCAGAGCGUCUACAUGUUCCCCGAGGGCACUCGUAGCUACGCAAAGGACCCCGUGCUGUUGCCCUUCAAGAAGGGUGCCUUCCACCUUGCAAUCCAGGCCGGCGUGCCCAUCGUCCCGUGCGUCGUCGCCAACUAUAGCCACGUCCUCUGGCUCAAGGGUCUCGUCUUCAACUCUGGCAAGAUUCCCGUCAAGGUCCUCGACCCUAUCCCUACCACUGGCCUGACCGCCGCUGAUGUCGACGAGCUUACUCGCAAGACUCGAGACCUGAUGUUGGAGGAGCUUGUUGCCCUCUCUGAGAAGGCCCAGGGCCGACCUAUGAAGGUCGCCCACGAUGUCGCUUCCGCAAAGACCACCGGCACCGACGCCGCUGCUGAUACCGUCUCGACUCUGUGAAAUACCAGGACUCUGCAAAUGGCCGAGGGCCAGUUUCGGACGAGAUAACGCACUGGGGCCUACCUUUGACGGACACUACGCUUCCAAAUAAAUAUGUAUAACCCGCAUCAAGAAGGGCCCGAUGGCAACAACUCCACCACAGGAGGGAGCCUCAAGUAGCAAGAAUGCAUGGUUGGGUAUGGGUAGGGUAGAUUCGGAAGGGGGCAUUUCUUGAUACCCUAUAGACCGAAAGCACUUCCUCGCUCCGCUGGCCUAUUCGUCUGGCCUGCGGGGCUUUGAGGGACUAGACGUUCGACAUGACAUGUAGAUGAACACGGCGUGCAGGCAGCAUUUCUGUUGAAUGGCAUUUUACAUUGGUUUAUUUAUGCGGCUUAUAAUAUACCAGAGUCC